GCAGUAGCUUUCAUUCAGUUUAUUAAUAUGCACGAGUGUUAAAGGUCGUUUUCUGGAAAUAAGCUUAUGUUUGCUAAUCUUUUAGCUAGUUUACCACUGAACCAGCCUGCAACUCUGACUUCGGUUUUUGUCAUAUAACACUAAUUUAUCUGGAUUUGUGGGUCCUGACGACCAACAUGCAGUCUGGUUUGUCCAUUAAAGGAGGCUGCCAGAAAUGAGUAGCGUCUUCCACCUCCUGGUUUCCCGCAGUGACUUCUACCAUGGCCGCUUUCUGCUUGUCUUGUCUCAACAGUCCCUGUCGCUCAGAGCACUCAGCUCUGGUCCUCAGAUCAGCCACAGCCUGCAAGAGAGCUACAGGCUUCUGCAACUGCCUGAUGAGGGGAACAGCAGUCCUGUGCAGGUGAAAGAGGCCUACCUGCGCCUGGCAAAGCUCUACCACCCAGACUCUGGGGCUCCAACUGCAGAUGCAGUGCUGUUUUCCCGAGUUGAGGAGGCCUACCGUGCUGUGCUGGCACAUCAGAGUAAGACCAAACAACCUGACUUGGGGAAGGAAGUGGAAGAUGAGGAUAAGUCCAGAGGUGCAGCACUUCCACACAGACACUACCUCAGCUAUGAGGGCAUGGGUUCAGGCACGCCCAGCCAGCGUGAGCGCCAGUACAGACAGAUUCGUGUCGACCGGGCAUCUGAGCAGGUUUUGAACUACCGGCAGAGGGAACACGAAAGAGCAGCUGCUGCAGAGGGAGCGCUGGUGGAACGGGACAUGCGUCAGCGCAGUCGCAAGAUCAAGAUCACUCAGGCUGUGGAACGGCUCGUGGAGGACCUGAUCCAGGAGUCCAUGGCCCGUGGAGACUUCAGGAACCUGAGUGGAGCUGGAAAGCCCCUCAACAAGUUUCAGCAUAAUCCCUACGCUGAUCCUAUGACCCACAACCUCAACCGGAUCCUCAUAGACAAUGGCUACCAGCCGCCCUGGGUCGUGACACAACACGACAUCCGAGAGACCACUGCUCAGAUCCGAAAGAAGUUAUUGGAGGGGAGGGCCAGGCUCGGUGACCCCAUGACCCCCAAGGAGCACAGCCAAUGGGAUCAGCUGUGUGCAUCUGUAGAGGAGGAAUUGGUGAAACUUAACAAGAUGGUGGACAAUUACAACCUCAUUGUACCAAUGAUCAACAUGCAAAUGGUUCACUUCAGUCUGUCCAGAGAGAUUGACCGUGCUGUGAAAGGAGCCCACCAACACAGACUGGAUCAGCAGAGAGAGAGAGAGAAGGAACGAGAGAGGAGGAAGGAAGAGAAAAAAAGAGCCAACACAGUAACUAAGAAGAAAAAUACUAAACAAGGCUUGAUGUCCUGGAUGCAGAAUCUGCUUAGAUGAAAAUACUAAGUAGCUGAGUCUAAGUGAACAUAAGAAAUAUUUGACAUCAGUGGUUUAUUUAUUGUUUGCAUUUAAACCAAUCUUUAUCUCCAUGGAGCAAUAUUUCAGAUAGAAUUGUUCACCUGCUUUGCAAACAGACUAAAUCACAGUUUGAUUCAAUGGUUCCACUUUCCACAGUUUUACUAGUGUUACUGCUGUUAUUCACCAGAUAUGCAGGGUUGUAAUCAGGUGUUAUUGGAAGAGGUUGAGGAACCCUGUGACUGUAAAGCUGAUGAACUGCAUGUGUUGGUAACGAUGAUUACAACAUGAGGCAAAUUUAUGAUACAAGUUGUUUCUGUGAAAUUACUGAUUCUAAAAUACAAACAUAACACUGUAACUUUUGGUUGCUAUGUAACAUUUAAAGUUAAGGAGAUUAAAAAUCUUGUGUAAUGAUA